AUGGAUAGCGACAACACUGAGGAUGAAGUACCUCUCCCACGUAGUGACAACAAGGAGGAACAAGUACCUCCCCUGCGAAGAGGCAACAGAAGGAAACGACUAACCCCCCCCUCCCGCUGCAUUUUGCAAAUUCUUGUUACAAGAUUUCCUUAUUCUUGUCUUCUUUCUUCUCUUUUAUCUUUUCUCUUCUUCACCUUUUUCCCUCUCCCCCUCUACUUUACCUUCCCCUUUCUCUUCUCCAACUCUUUUACCCUUUUUCUCUCUCGUUCAAUCUUUUUUUGCACCCUUUUUCUCUCUCGUUCACCUUUUUUUGCACCCUUUUUCUCUCUCGUUCACCUUUUUUUUGCACCCUUUUUCUCUCUCGUUCACCUUUUUUUUGCACCCUUUUUCUCUCUCGUUCACCUUUUUUUUCUCCUCUCGUUCACCUUUUUUUUUGCACCCUUUUUCUCUCUUUUUUCACCUUUUUUUUUGUUCACCUUUUUUUUGCUCUUCUCUCUCGUUCACCUUUUUUUUUGCACCCUUUUUCUCUCUCGUUCACCUUUUUUGCACCCUUUUUCUCUCUCGUUCACCUUUUUUUGCACCCCUUUUUCUCUCUCGUUCACCCUUUUUUUGCACCCUUUUUCUCUCGUUCACCUUUUUUUGCACCUUUUUCUCUCGUUCACCUUUUUUUGCACCCUUUUCUCUCUCGUUCACCUUUUUUUUUUGCACCCUUUUUCUUUCUCGUUCACCUUUUUUUUUAACUUUUUUUCUCUCUCGUUCACCUUUUUUUUUUGCACCCUUUUUCUUUCUCGUUCACCUUUUUUUUGCACCCUUUCUCUUUUUCACCUCUUUGCCCCCUCCCUCUCGACUCGACAUUAG